AUAUUCAAAAAUGAUUUAUACUACUAAAUAAUCUUCGUUUAUUAGCGAUCAGAGAAAUCUUGGAUGACUGAAUUUAUAAGUGGUUUAAAGUUCAUAUUAAUUUUCUGUUAUGUAUUAUAAUUUAAAUAUUUUUCCUUCACUUAAAAUGUAAUAUCAUAUAAUACAAGUUUGAAUUUAUCAAAGAGACCGGUGACUUUUAAGUUGGAUCACGACUUGAUAGACUAAAGAAUUUUUAGAAAGAUGCCUCGCACCAAGAUCUCAGCACGUCGACAGGCUCAGCGCCAGAAGGCUGAACGGGAUGAGAAGGUGCGCCUGGCCCAAAUCAGGAUGGAUUCCGCCCUGGAGCAGAUCGAUGAGCUGGGCAAGCGCUACAAGCAAGAGGUGGACAACCAACUUAAGCUGAUCCGUGGUAGGACUGACAAACAACUGCUGCAAAUGAAAUGGUCAGAUUUCGCGGCCUUGAAGGUUAAGACCUUCGCCGAGCAUCAGUGGGCAGUUCCUAAGCCACCCCCAACUCGCAGCCUCUCCAUCUGUCGGGGUCGCACUCGGACUCCACAGAACUCUCAGAUGUCGCAGUUGGCGCGACUCCAGACGCAGUCGGCCGACAGAGCCCUGAGAGGCGAUACCAUGAGCUUUGUGCGGUGGCCCCGUGCCGGGGAGCAGGUGCUCUCGAAGGCCGGCAGUCCCCUGGCCGUCCAGAUGCAGCCGGACCGCUGUGCCGACGUGCACAUCCCCACCAGAAAUGGCGUGAUCACCGUCAAGCCGCACAAGAUAAAAACCGUGAAGCGGGAGGUACUGAUGCAGCUGGAUGAAAACACCCUCAACCAGGUGAAGACGCUGAACGCCAAUCUCGGACUGAUCGUGGAUAUGGCCACUAAAAUGGCGAAACUGAAACCCUAAACAUUUCCCAUCGAAGAAGUUUUCUUGACCAAGAAUGUUACGCUUAUUUCAUUAAUAUUUUAUUUAGUCUUUUUCAUUUUCUCAUUUUCAAUGUUUUUGUUCAGUUGUUAAACAUUAAGUGAACGUGUCUGUUGUUCUUGUUGCUGUUGCUGCAGUUAGCUUGCUUCUGUUGUAUAAUUAAUUAAUAAAUUUAAUUACCUUUAUGUAUAUA